CAACUUUUGCCUCAUUAACAACCUGUUGAUACUUACUUUGUAUUUUUUGUGAUAAAAUGAUUUUUAAGUUACUUAUACUCAUUAUUACAAUAUCAUGCAUCAAUUCAUCUCCACUUAAUACAGUCAGUGAUGAUACACUGCUAGAUAAUAUUCGUGAAAGUAAAUACGUCCUGAUUCUUUUCGCUAAAAAGAAUUGUGGACAAGACUGUAAAUAUGAACAAAGCGUUGUGGCUUUAAAGGAAGAGUUUGAGAAUACAUUUAAUGAUGCAAAGAUCCUGAAAGUUGAAAAUUCACAACUUGUCAGGCUUUAUAAUCCAAUUAAAAAAGAUCCAUGUCUAGUUUUCUUAAGACAAGGAGUUCCAUUGAUUUACGAUGAAAAUGAUCCAGAUUCGACAGAGGAUAUCUUUAAUUUCUUUAGUGAGCAUCGUGAACCAAUUGUUAAGGAACUGGAUGAUACAAAUUUUGAGCAUUUAACACAAGCAUCGACAGGAGCAACAACUGGCGACUGGUUCGUUCAAUUCUAUGAUAAUUCAUGCAUUGACUGUCAACGUUUACAGGCUCAAUGGGAAACUGUAGGUGCAAAGCUUAAAAUUCGCUUAAAUGUAGCUAGAGUCAAUCGAAUAACAAAAGGAAUUUUGACAGCUAAAAGAUUUAGAGUCGAUACAUCUCCAGUCUUUGUUUUAAUCCGUCAAGGCAAAUUCUAUCGCUAUAAUCUCAAAAAGUAUGACAUUGAAAGUUUCGUUGGAUUUGCUUCUUCUUGGUUUAAAAAUGUUGGUGCUGAAAAAGUCAAAGUUCCAGCAAGCCAAUUUGAUAGUCUUAUCGACGGAAUUGUUGGUAAAUUGAAGGAAAUGCCAAAUGUUAAGGAACUAGCAUUGAAUGAGUAUCCAAUCGUGUUUUAUUCAGUUGCUGCAUUGUUUGUGAUCUUUGUGCUUCUUAAAUUGUUCAAGAAGAACCCACAAGCUACUCAGACUGAGCAGAAGAAGGAAGAAAAGACUGCAAAAAAGAAUGUCAAGAAAGAAAAAUAAAAUACCGUAUUUUGUAAAUUC